AACGUCAAGUAUUUGUCAAUAUACCUAUACCUGACCGUAGAGGUCAACCAAAGGGUAAAUAUGUCUCCAACAAGAUCGUCACUUCUAAGUAUAAUAUAUGGACUUUUCUUCCAAAAAACUUGUUCGAACAAUUCCGGAGGGCUGCCAACAUGUAUUUCUUAAUCAUGGCUGUUCUUGGAAUGAUACCUGCCAUUAGCUCAAAUUCCCCUGUUUUGACUUUACUUCCUCUUUCGACUGUUGUGUUUCUUACAGCAUGUAAAGAUGCCGUGGAAGAUUUGAAUCGUCAUAAAAUUGAUGAUAAAUACAAUAGUGCUACUUGCUAUCUUUUACAAAAUUUUAUUAAUGUAAACUAUCCGGAUCAGAAAAAACUUUCUCUAUGGAAACGAAUACUACUUAGAAUAAAACUUUUUUUUAACUGGAACAAAUUAAAACCUCGGGAAGGUCAGAAUCCUAUCAAUGAUGAUACUCCAUGUAAACCUUCAAAUGAAAUAAAUGGUCAACCUGAAUUUAAAAAAGUUAUGUGGAAAGAUGUUCGUGUUGGUGACUUUUUAUUUCUCAAAAAUGGUGAUGCUGUACCUGCUGAUGCCAUAAUUAUAUCAACUUCUGAGCAAAAUGGUACUUGUUUCGUAGAAACUAAAGAUCUUGAUGGUGAAACUAAUCUUAAACCUCGUAGAUGUGUUUCUGCUGAUGCCUUAAAACAUAUCACUUCUCCUGAAGAAUGUUCAAAAGCUAGGUUUUGGAUUGAUUCUGAACCUCCAAAUUCUAAUCUUUUCAGCUAUAAUGCAAAAUUAACCUUAGUCUCCGUUUCGCCCGAAAUUGAUCC